AUGGAAGAAAAGCUGAGAGGUUAUAUGAGUUUGUUUGCCUCUUACUGCUCCGAGGUAAAUGCUGUCAAAUGUAAGGAGGAGGAUUUGCAGUUUUUGAGAGCAAACGUUAAAAAAAUCAGCCCACUGUUAUCUUCGAGUAAUAAGUGUCGGAAAAUGCUCUUUGAACAUGAAUCUUACGUUAGUGACUUUUCCUUCGCACUUCAAUUUCUCAACGACAGGGUCCUUAGGACACAAAUUGUACUGAUUCUUUCCAAAUUGGUGAAAAAAUCUACGCCUCAAUUCCGGAUCACAAUGUUAAUACAAAAAGGGAUUACUAGAGCUCUAUUUCAAGCUCUUUACAUGGAAUACUCUGAAGAAACUCCAAAUGUUGAACUUUUAUUAAAAAUACAUCAGUUACUCUGUCGUCUUGGUCCGAUGGAUAAACGUUUUGGUAUUCGAGCAAGAGUGAGCCAUUGUAUUCCAAUUACAAUCCAUCUUCUAAGAAUUCAAGUUGCUCUAUUAAAUUCAUCCAUACGUACAACUCCUUCUAAUUUUUAUAAACAAUUAAAGAAUCUAUCCAAUUUCAAUUUCUGUUAUUCAACAAUGAAUUCAAAUUCUUUUCAAAAUAAUAUUAAACAUCUUCAUACUAUAAAUGAAAUGUUACGUCAUCAUCGUCAUCCUCCCCAUCAUCAUCAUCAUCAUUAUGUAACUAUGCCAACCGUUUCAUCCAUUAUACAACAUAAUUUAAAUAUUAUUUUACAUAUGAUUUAUUUAUAUAUAUCAGAUAAUGGUAAAACAAAUUCAUACUUAUUAGGACGUAAUGGUGUUGUAAAACUUUUAAUACAAUUAAUUACUUUAUUAUCUGGACUUUAUAUAUAUCGUACAUCAUCUAUUAUGAAUUCAUUAUUAUCCUCAUCGUCCGCAGCAACAACACCACCACCACCGGCCGCCAGCAACAACCACAACGGAUUGGUGAAAUCUCUUGAUCAUAAUGAAAAUCAAUCAUUUCUUGAAUUAUUAACAGAAUAUGGUUUACAUAAUAAUCCUGAUUUAAUGAAUUCAAUUCUAUCAUUAAUUACAUCUAAGCCUACAUUGAUUGCUAUUGGUGUAAAGCGUAAUAUUCAUUUACUUCGUCUUCUAGUGAAUACAUUAUAUUGUCUUACUAAAUAUAAAAAUAAUGCUGUACGUGCUAACAAUAAUAAUGCAGUCCCAUUACUAUUGGAUUUAUUCCUUGAUAUACAUCGAUGUGAUUUACAAUGGCGUUGGAUUGAUCUACAAAAAAGCUUGUUGAAUUGUUUAAAACUAUUGACAGAAAUAAAUUCUGGACGUAAAGCUUUAAUUAAAUAUAAUGGAUUUCAUACAUUAUAUGCUAUUUGUAUUGGUUAUAUAGGACCUGAUCCACUUAAUCGAACUAAACAUGUUAUCUUAUCAAAAAUUAUUUCACAAUAUAAAACUGUAAAAUCUUCUACUCAUCAUAAUGAACAAAUAGAUCCAAAUAUUAAUCAAUAUAAUCAAUUACAUUGUAAAACACGCUUAGCAACAAGAACAACAACAAUCAUGGAUACUGUUGAUAGAACAUAUUCAUCAUUAAUAAAUAAAAGGUUACAUAUAGAAAAUGUAUAUUCUAAUAAAGAAAAUAUUGAUUUGUCAACUUGUUCAUCUUCAAUUUCAUCGACGAUCAAAUCGCCAUCAUCAUCAUCAGCAGCAGCAGAAGCAUCAUCACUAUCAUCAUCAGUAGCAACAGUAGCAGAAGCAUCGUCAUCAUCAUCAACUUUAUCUUCUUAUAAAACUAUCUGUAGAAAUGUGAAUCAACUUGAAAUGGAUAAAUCGUACAUCUUUGAUAAUGAUCCAAAUAGAAUUCAUAAACAAUAUCGAAUAUAUUCUGAUCCAAUUAAAAUUCUAAUACAAAUAUGUAUAUUAUUACGUCGUUGUAGUCCAAGAUACGCAUCAUCGGCUUCGUUGUUACGUCGCAAUUCAGAGCCACUGAUUCAAAAAGAUAAGUCCACUUCACCUGGAAUAGAAAAAUCCAAUACUGCCAAAUCUAAACUUCAUCAACAAAUAUCUUGUUCAACUAAUAUUUCAAAUAUGAAAAAGAAGUCAUGUGGAACUUCACUCCUACACAAAUCUUCCUCUAUUCAUGAUGAUGAUGAUGAUGUAACCAACAAUCGAAAAUCCUCAUCACAACAAAUGAAUUCAAUUAAUUUUAUAAUGAAUAAUCCAUUUAUUGGUGUAACAUCAUCUAAUGAUUCUAAAUUAUUAUUAUCCUUAUGCAACACUACUACUACCGAUACUACUACUACUACUACUACUAAUAGUAGUAGUAAUAAUAAUAAUCCCAAGGUUAUUCGGAAGAAAUCCAUUGAUGAUCGGAAACAAUUAAUCAAUGUUAAUAAUAAACGAAUUACAACUAAAUUAAAUCAAUCUUAUUACUAUGAAGUUAAUUCUCUCAUUAAUAAAAGGGUACCUAAAAUCACCAAUAUGAAUUCCAAAAAUCUUCAUAGUAAAUCAAUAAACGAUCUGUAUACAAAUAACCAGGUAUACAAUAAUUCAUCAAUAGACACAUUCAUCAGUCAUUCUUGUACAGAAUUAGCAAAUACACAACAAUUGAAUAAAUUAUGUCGUAUACAGAAACUGAAGAUUCUAAGAAGAGGAGAAGAUGAGAAUUCGAAUCAAUCUGAGAAGCAACAGGAUUUCAAUGGUGCAAAAAGUGAUAAAUUACCCGUUACCGGUGACAAAUUUACUUCAUAUCAACAGAUUAGUUCAUCUAAUACAUCAUUAAAAUCACCAGAAAUAUUCGAUAUAAUUGAACAGAAUACUCAGAAUAUUGAUGGUGAUGGUGUUGAUGACAAUGACGAAGAAGAAUCGGAAGACGAAGAUGACAACGAUGAUGAUGAAGAUCAUGAUGAUGAUGAUGGUGCUAAUGUAAUUGGACACGAGGAUGCCACAACAACUAAUCAACGAUGCACAUUUAGUGAAUUAAUUUCAAGUCAUUUAAAAUUUUUUCCCGAAUGGUUUGAUCUACCCAAUGAAAUACCAAAUAGAUUGAUGAAAGAACAAGUUGAAAAACCAUUGGAUAUGAUGAAUUCUGUCAAUUGGCCUUAUGAAUAUAACUAUUCUAAUGGUAAUAUAACCAUACAUCCUCCUACCAAAGAUAAUACUACUUUGGAAUAUUAUUAUUUUGCUCAAAGAGUAAAAAGUUUAUUACCAUUUAAAAUCAUAGCUUAUCCUGAUUUAAUUGAUGCACAUGGAUCAAUUGAUUGUGAACCAUUUUAUUCAACAGAUCAAUUAAUUGAAAGAUAUUUUAAUCAACAAUCAAAUCUAUCCAAUGAUAAUAUGACUACUUCAUCUUAUUGUAAAAAUAAAUUAUCCCAAGUUACAUCAACUGUUAAUGAUAAUGCGAAUGAUGAUGUGGAUGAUGAUGAUGAGGAGGAGGAGGAGGAGGAGGAGAAGUGUGCUCAUUUAUCAAAUGUUCAUGAAGCUGAUGGCUCCACGAAUUCGAUCAUCCAAACGAACUCAUCUAUAAACAAUCUAAACAAAACUUCUAAAUCAGUUAAAUUAAAUAAAACUAUGAAUAAAUCAUCAUCAAAUAAUAAUAAUAAUCAAUCAUUCCAUAGACCAUUUAAUAUAUCUGAUAUACCACAUAUAGAAAUACUUGAUGAUCUAAGACGAUUUAUUGAAUCCAAUGAUUUAAUCAAUCGUGUUGUAUAUGAUAUAGAUGAAUUAAUUAAAUCUCAAUACCAAUCAUUAUCAUCAAAACAAAUUCAUCAAUCUCAGGAGGAGGAGGAGGAACAGCGUCGACGACGACAACAACAACAAGAACAAGGUCAACAUUCGUCAACAUUGAAAAUGAAAUCAAAUAAACUUUUAUUAAAUAGUAAUUUAGAACAUAAUGUUAGUGAUACAAUUUCAGAAGUCUCAACUAAAUCAUCCAAAAUGAACGUUCUAUCAUCAACAGUUAUGUCAACUUCUUGUGUACAAAUAAUGAAUAAUGAUCAUACUGUAGAUAAUAGUUCGAUAGAUAGUACAAAGUUGACAAGUAAUAAUCAUCAACAGGAUUAUCAUUGUCCUUCUUCAACUAUAUCAUCUUCAUUGGAUAACUUUAACAUAACGAAUCAUGAUGAACUAUUGAUUGGUCAAUUUGACGCUGAAAAAGGUCAUUUAGAGUUUGAAUCUCGUUUCGAAUGUGGUAAUUUGAGAAAAGCAAUUCAAGUUCGUCAAUAUGAAUAUGAUUUAAUAUUAAAUCCUGAUAUUAAUACAACUACUUAUUUACAAUGGUUUUAUUUUCGUGUAUCUAAUAUGCAAUCGAAUAUUUCAUAUCGUUUCAAUAUUAUUAAUUGUGAAAAAGUCGAUAGUCAAUUUAAUGCUGGUAUGCAGCCUCUUCUUUUCUCAGUUCAUGAAUCACUUCAAUCUCAUCCAUGCUGGCGACGUGUUGGUUCAAAUAUUAUUUAUUAUAGAAACUAUUUUACUCGACCGUCAACUCGUAAUGUGGAUGGUGGAACGUAUUAUACAGCUACAUUCACGAUAUGCUUUCCAUAUACUGGCGAUGUCUGCUAUCUUGCUUAUCAUUAUCCAUAUACCUAUACACGUUUAUUAACUGAUUUAAACAAAUGGCAAAAUAAAAUAUUAAACCAACCAAACAAUAUUUACUUUCGUAUUCAACAGUUAACUUCAACUAUCCUCUCCAAUCCAGUCCCAUUAAUUACAGUAACACAAACUUCGGACUCUUCAGAUGAAUCUACAAAUAUCAAUAAUCAACGUCCAUACAUCAUUCUUACAUGUCGUGUACAUCCAGGUGAAUCAAAUUCUAGUUGGAUAAUAAAAGGUUUAAUAGAACAAUUAUUAUCUAAUGAUAAUAUGAAAAUCAAUGAAUUACGUAAAAUGUUCAUUUUUAAAAUAAUCCCCAUGUUAAAUCCUGAUGGUGUCAUUGUUGGAAAUCAUCGAUGUUCAAUAUCUGGCAAAGAUUUAAACCGUCAUUGGAUUAAUCCAUCAUCUUUAAUUCAUCCAACUAUUUAUCAUACUAAAAUGUUAAUGGAACUUCUUACAUUUUGUGAACGUUCACCUUAUAUUUUCAUUGAUUUCCAUGGUCAUUCACGUAUGAAGAAUAUUUUCUUAUAUGGAUGUAGUUCCAUUGAAUCAUGGUUAUGUCCAGAUAUAAAAAAUCCAACUUAUCGUGGUAUCAAUCAAUUAGAAGAUAAUUCAUAUCGUAAAUUAGCUGAUAUAUUAAAUCAAUUAUCACCAUAUUUUUCAAAACAAUCAUGUUUAUAUAUGGUUAGUAAAGCUAAAGAGACUACAGCACGUAUAGCUGUUUGGCGACAAUUCAAUGUAGUACGCUCUUAUACAAUUGAGGCUUCUUAUUGUGGUAUUCACCGUAAAUGGUAUGAUAAUCAGUUAAUUCCAAGUAAGAUACAAGAAAAACACCAACAAGAAGAUAAUGAUAAUAGAACAAUAAAAGGAAAACAUUCAAAUGAAUCUGUAGUAGUUAUUGAACAUCAAAUAAGACCAAUUGAUUUAAUGAAUUUUGGUUCUCAAUUAUUAAAUGCAUUUUUAUUGUUAUCAGAAGAAGAAACAACAAUAUUGAUGUCAAAUACAAAUAAAACAGUUUCAUACAUAUCUUCAUCACCAUCUUUAAUGACAUCUUCAAUGUCAUUAUUCAAUUAUGGUGAAGAUGAUACUGACGUUUACGAUGAUGCUGAUGAAAAUAAUAAUGAUAAUAAUAACAAUCGUAGUAAUGUAAAUGAGAAACCUAAAAUAUCUUCCAAAUUACAUUGUAGUAAAAGAAAAUAUCAAUCUAAGUUAAAGAAGUUGAAAAAACACAAACAAAAGUCAUAA